AAUGAAUUCAAAAGAAGAGUUAGAGAAGGAGCUUCCUGCUAAGAAUGUGGACAUUGCAAAAGACAUUGACAAAAUUGAUGAGUUCUUCAACCUCCUAAAUAUGAUCAUUGGAGGGAAUGACAUCAACAACCCUGGGUUAGAUGGACUCUUGUCUAAAGUACUUGAGAGACAUGAAGGUGACUUUUUCAAUGCUUUCAACACCCAUAUUGCUAAAAUCAAAAAUGAGCUUGAACUACUUAAGAAGAAAGCAGAUGAUCAGGAAGAGAAAAUGAUCGAAGAUGACAGGAUUGUCAGCCUUACUAAUAAUCUAGCUUGGUUUAAAGAAGAGAGCCAAAGAUUGAAAGAGCAAAAGUUAAAAUAACGAAAAAGAGUUAUCCUUGCUUUCUGAGAAAAGUAAGAAAAUGAAAGAAAAUAAUAAUUAUCUUAAAGAGAAAGUCAAGUCUUCGAUGAGGCAACAGAAAUUACUCAUGAUAGCACUUGAUAGAAAGAGAGAGCUUGAUGAGGAGAUGAAUCAGCCUGAGAAUGACCAAGCUGAUGCUAAAAAUCAAGCUAACCUUUAUAAUGAAAUGAAGCUAGACAAUGAAGUUUCAAAAAUUAUUUACCAAGAUCCAGCUGAUAAUAAAAAGGUUAAAACAUCGAACAAGCAUUAUAAGAGUAUUGCAAAUCAAGAGUCUACAGAGUUUGCGACUGAUGAAAAGACCGCGAGGAUCUCUGUCAAGCGUCACUUUGAAUCAAUGGACCAGAACCUGCCAACGACUGAUAGCAGAGAAAUUGUACUAAACACCCAGACUGUCCCUGAUAAUUCUCUUCAAAAUGAAGAUCUUUCUAUCGUAAAACCUCACUUGGCCUCUACGAAGCAGGAGAAGGUGAACGAGGGGUUCAUUAACUUCAUUGGAGAGCUUAUGUCAACCAGUGCGAUCGAGGACCAAGAGAUCAUUACAGAAAUUGAAAAGCAGGUCCUAAUUGAGAAUAAAGACUUUGAAGAUGAACUAGGUGCUAUCAAGGAAGAGACCAAGUUCAUUGAUGAUGAAAUCAGAGAGCUUAAAUAAACAGAAAUACUGCGUAGUAUGGCCAGAUAAAGACGAAAAUGGGCAGCAAAAGGACCAAAUUAUUGACAAGAAUUUCUUGCAGGAAGAGUUUUUGGGUAUCUGCAAAGAUGUCAGAAAGGAAGUACUGAAAACGAAAUUUAUUAAUGGUCUCCCAUCGUUAGACACUCAGAUGGGCAUGAUUAACAAUCCUCAUAAUGCUUCAAUGAUGAAACAGGAUAAUAAUAUUCAAGGGAUUUUAGACCUUGUAGUGACUAAUGAUGACUUGAUGAAUAAAUUCUACGAUAUAAUAUUCAACUUUGACAACCAAGCAUUGAAGCUUCCGAGUGUUUCAAGAGACGAUAACAAAUCAAUCCAACAAAAGCUCAAGGGAGUAGACAUUCAAAUUGGAAAAAGAAAGUUUGCUGUAUUAACUAGUGACGCUAUGAAUGAAUCAGUCAAGAAGCCUAAUAUUAUGAACUUUGCAGGAGGAAUAGGAAAGAAAUCACACGGAGGAAAGUAUGACGGGCAUAAUCUUGAAAAAGCAGUAGAUAACAAAAUGAAGGUUACUUCUCAAUCUAUGAAGAAUGCUACCAGAGAGCAACCACCUGCUUCUGAAUAUGACCACAUUCAGCCAAAACUUCUCCCCAAGAAUAACUCAUCUACCAUGAUUGGAAAGUACAAGCAGACAAUGAGCCGAGCUAGACAGAAGUCUCGUCGUCCAAAUAUGGUAAUCAAGAAUGGAAAGCUCUUAAUUUCCAAGAGGAAAACCUAAAACUUAAAAGCCCAGAUUAUUCAAUUCUUUGUAAUUUCAUA